UGAGAUAAAGUGACGCAGCGCGCCCCUGCUCUUCAGUGCGGGAAACCCCGAGCUAGCGGACCUGCCAACGCCCGGCGCAGAGAAAUAAACAGAAAGGAUACGAUCUUGAAUGUGAUCAGUGGAUUUAUAAAAGCACAGCUAUGCAGACGAUCAAGUGUGUUGUUGUUGGCGACGGUGCCGUGGGCAAAACCUGUCUAUUAAUCUCCUAUACAACUAAUAAAUUCCCUUCGGAAUAUGUACCAACGGUCUUUGAUAACUAUGCAGUUACGGUUAUGAUUGGCGGUGAGCCGUACACUCUUGGACUGUUUGACACUGCAGGUCAGGAAGAUUACGAUAGAUUACGACCUUUGAGCUACCCCCAGACAGAUGUCUUCUUAGUCUGUUUCUCAGUUGUUUCACCUUCUUCGUUUGAAAACGUUAAAGAAAAGUGGGUACCUGAGAUCACCCACCACUGUCCAAAGACCCCCUUCCUGCUAGUGGGGACACAGAUCGAUCUGAGAGAUGAUCCCUCAACCAUUGAGAAGCUUGCCAAGAACAAACAGAAACCCAUCACUCCGGAGACAGCAGAGAAGCUGGCUCGCGAUUUGAAGGCCGUCAAAUAUGUGGAGUGCUCCGCUCUCACACAGAAAGGACUAAAGAACGUAUUUGACGAGGCGAUUUUGGCAGCCCUGGAACCCCCCGAGCCCAAGAAGAAGCGCAAAUGUGUGCUGCUAUGAGUUCUCUAUUUCCCAUGGCCCCGCCUCCCUCUAUCCCCUCUGUGCUCUGCUAAGGCUGGUCCACAGCUUUUCACUUUAAAGCAAUGUGUAAAAAAAGUGAGUUUCAAUAUUUGCUCCGCAAUAAAGAUAUAAAGACUACCCAACCAUGCACAUGUACACGUAAACACAUGCAAGCAAUUCACAUGCCCGUUAAUAUAAAAAAAAAACCUAGUGGUCCUUUUUAGUUUUGAUUCCUGGGGUCUUACUUCUGUACUUCAUGGUGAGAUGCUGCCAGCUGAAUUUUGUCACGUAAAUGGGUGAGUUUUACAGUAAAGCUUUGCAGACGCUCAGUGACCCGUCUUAAGUAGUUUUAGGUCGUAUCUGUUUCCGUUGUGCUGUGCAAACAGUUGUCUGACCUAAGACACAUCACUAGCCCAAACGUAACCGUAUUUUGAGACAUGCACUAGAGUCGUUUGUGAGCUUCAUCUCACCCUUCAACAAUAUCACCUGAAGUGCUUAGAAAUGACAGCUCCUUUUUCUUUGCCAAUAUUCACUUUAAUAGGCAUCUGAGACCGUAGCUCCGUAUACGGCUCAGUUGUUUUCCGUGGAUAAAUAUACUCCUCGCAGUGAUUGGCCUAUCUCAAGCAGGGAACUUUCUAACAGUGUUAGCAGAACAUGUGGCGUGUUCGAAUGCGUCGCUCGGGACCAUGGAAGCGAUUUUUCCAGAACUUGUGAUGCAUGUAGGUAAACCUCCUGGUUCCUUUGGAUAGGUUAACAUUUUAUUAAGAAUAAUGUAAGCUGACAAAUUGUCGUAGGCUCCAGUUGUUUUUACCAAAUGUUUUUUGUUUGUUUGUUUUUUGUCGUUGUAAUUUUUAUUUUCUUUGAUAAAGGUUCACUCCUUUCAUUUGUUUAGGACUGGAUCACAGCAAAUCUCUGAUCCACUUGUGAUUUUAAGGGCGUAAAUACAAUAGGAACCCAUUUGAAGUAUGUAGUAGUUCAUGCUAACCUCUCUGACGGACGUAAGUCUUUCAACAGAACCAAGUGUAGUCGUGCAGCACAGGUGGAUCAGAGGUUUUGGAUUUCCAGUCUUCACCUCUUCCUAGUUUUUUGGUUUGUUUUUAUUUUUAUUUCGUUGUAAACCAAAUGCUCUGUAUGAAGUCUCUCCUUUGUACUGUAUAUGCAUUCUUUUGAGAAAAAAUAUUAAACUUAUACCUUAAUUGCC